UUCGCUCUUUAUAGAUAGGUAUAGAUAUAUAUUUAGUAUUUCAUAUAUAUGUCCAAACAUUUAGUAUAAUUGAGUUAAAGUUCAACUGUGUGAAGUCUGAACAGGGCCUAAAUAUAACAGGCAUCAUACCUUGCGUGCACUCCACCUACACGGCACGGUCAGUGCGUUGCUUGGCCUCGAAACCAGCGCAGAGCACGGCGCGAGCUAUAUCGUCGAGACGACAUGGUGUCACGCUGCGUCGGGCUCGCCAUUUGCCUUGGCUGUUUCAUUCGUCCAGGAUGGGUGUCGGGGCUGCCGACGACAGCGGCGGUGUCUCUCCGCCAAGCUGGGGCAGCGGCCGCCUCGCGGCCGAGGGCUGCACGAGCACGGGGGCGACCAUGUCCGUCGUCGUCGCGCACCGCUCGCCGUCGGUGUCGGGCGGCUGCCGCUGCAGCUCCGGCGGCGGCGGCGGGCACGGCAACUGCUGCCUCAACAUCUACGUGAACAGCAACGUGCAAGGGGUCACCAACUCCGUGCUCGUCGGCAGCAAGGUCGUCAUGAGGGACCCCGGGCCGCGCGUCGUCUCGUCCAGCCGCCACCACCAGCCGCGGCGAGACGGCCGCCGCCGCCGCCGCCGUGAGGGGAAGCGAAAUCGGCACCAAUUGCAGCAUAUGGCCAAGACGAUCAAGAUUGGCAUCGUCAUCGCCGUCGUCGUGUCGUCGUUGCUGCUCGUAGUAGCUGCGGCGGCGUCCAUCCUUUGCCUCCAUCUUUGUGUACGCGUACGCGAAUGACUCUACUAAGGCCUUGUUUCUCCUACAACUAAAAAGAGUAGAAGGUGGACAUUUUUUA